UUAGCCGGUGCUUUUAGUUGACAGUACCGGAGACGGACCAAAGGUAGAAACAAGUCCGAUUGUCACUGAUUCUUAACGAGAACGGAUUAAAAAACGAAAUCGGCGCUGAAAUACUCAACUAAUAUAUUUAGGGCAGCUACUUUUCGUUCGUCUUUAACGUUAUUAAUACGGAUCCACGGUGCAGGUCGUCUCUUGACUGUACGCUACCGUUAUAAACAAUAAUAACAAUGGCUUCUGGGUCGCCGUCGUCCUCUCCGGACACUGCGACGGGCUCAGGUACAGACCCAGCCCGACCCGACACAGGGGAGCCUCUUGGUGGAGCAGGCUCGGACUCGGACUCGGACAUGGGUUUGGGUAAAUUUGACUGCAGCGCCAUUGACACGGGGGACCGGCUGGAUGGAGAAGGGCUGGAGCAGGAGUUUGAGUCUGCAGCCGAUCGCGUACGAGAUCUGGUUCAGACGGCCAGCAGGGACCAGCUGCUGUACCUGUAUGCACGAUACAAACAGGCCAAAGUGGGAAAGUGCAAUACACAAAAGCCUGGCUUCUUUGACUUUGAAGGACAGAGAAAAUGGCAAGCCUGGAAGCAGCUUGGAGACAUGGAGGCGGAUCAGGCAAUGCAGGAGUACAUUUCUUGUGUCAAUGUGUUAGACCCUGAAGGCUGCACAAAGGAAAGACGACAAGCAGAAAGAAGAACGGGCUUUGGAGGAGCAACAGUCAGCUCGCUAUACCAGGAGGAGACGAUCAGGGAAGAGGAUAAGAACAUUUUUGACUACUGCAGAGAAAAUAACAUCGACCACAUCAGCAAGGCCAUAAUCUCGCAGAAAGUGGAUGUCAAUACUAAAGAUGAAGAGGGCCGGGCUCUCCUGCACUGGUCCUGUGACAGAGGACACAAGGAGCUGGUUUCUGUAUUACUGCAGCACAAAGCAGACAUCAACAGCCAGGAUAAUGAAGGACAGACGGCGCUACAUUAUGCAUCAGCGUGCGAGUUUGCUGACAUUGUGGAGCUCCUGCUGAACGCUGGAGCCGACCCGUCCAUCAAAGACAUGGAGGGCUCUCUCCCCGAGGAGGUCACUGAAUCCAGCGCUAUCUCCUCUCUCCUGUGUAACUACACAGCUCCGAAAGGCUAGCUCACCCACCUGCCACCACCCUGGUCCUCGCCCCCGUCCUUGUCUUAUCCCUGCUUCAAUCAUUUGACCAUCCUCCUCAUCAUCCCUCCUUCAACCCUAAAGAGACUGUUCUUCCCCUGCAGUUAGUAGACCAGGAUUACAACCAGGAUUUUAUAUGAUUUGAUUUUCAAAUACUUGAGGUGAGUUUGGUUAUGUUGGCUUAGCUUUGUGGAACUACAGGGUGUAAACAUUGGCCCUUCCAUUUGAUGAGUGUCAAAUGCAGCAAAAAACAUGUACUUUCAAUCAUCCAAAUACUGUAUAUUGACUUUAUAUACCCAGUAGGGUUGGGUGAUAUGACUUAUACUGUGAGUACUGCUGGAUUUUGCUGUACUGAAGUAGUUAUACCUUAAA